AUGGACAACAUGUACAACGUAUCAUCCUCUUUAGUGCUGACUGGCUUUAAUCUCUCUUCUGAAAAUGUUGCUCCUACAUUUCUUUUUGCAACUCUGAGCUACAUGAUCAUACUUUUCUGCAACCUUAUGCUUAUCCUCACCAUUGUACUGAACAAAUCUCUGCAUCAGCCUAUGUAUCUAAUUCUGUUGAACCUUCCUAUUAAUGACCUCAUAGGCUCCUCGGGACUCUUUCCACAGGUCAUUAAAGAAAUACUGACCAACAGCAGGACAAUACAAUACUCAGCUUGUGUUGCCCAAGCUUUUUUUAUCCACAUCUAUGCAGCAGGUACGGUGUUUACUCUGACUGCUAUGGCAUAUGAUAGAUACAUUGCCAUAUGUUGGCCUUUGAAAUACAACACUAUUAUGACUAAUGCUCACAUCAUGAAAAUUAUCACAGCUGUAUGGAUGAGUUGUUUGGUGUUAAUAGGUGUGCUUUUCCUUCUGCUUUUGCGUUUACCUCGCUGUCGCUCUGAAAUGACACACCCCUACUGUGAUAACCCAUCUUUGCUGGCUCUGGUCUGUGAAGACACAACCAUUAAUAACAUUUAUGGGCUUUUUACAGUUGCUUUUUCACAAGUGAUAGCUAAUGUGAUGAUUUUGUAUACAUAUCUCCAAAUUCUUGUGGCAUGCUUUAGAUCCAAACGAUCAGCCACAAAAGCCAAAGCUCUGCAGACCUGUGCUACACACUUAAUAGUUUUUCUCCUGUUGGAGGGCCUGGGACUUUUCACCAUCAUAUCAUACAGAAUAAAAAACAUUUCACCACAUUUAAGAAGAUUCAUGGGGGUGUCAACAUUAAUUUUCCCACCAACAGUUAAUCCAAUAAUCUAUGGCCUGAAAACAAAAGAAAUUCGAGAAAAAGUAUGGGCAUUUUUUGAAAAAGUAUUUGUUGAAUAA